AUGUUUUUCGUUUCGUUCGAGGAGGCGCAAGCCGAAGCCAGGCAACAACGAGCCCUGACGACCAAUUUUAAGGCCCCAGCUGCCGCAGGUGCUGUACAGCACCAGACAGGACCCUUCAAGACAACGGGCCACCUCAAUUCCCACCCCCCCUCCCAAGGGAGUGGGAUUAGGACUCGGACUCGGACUCGAACUCGACGUUUGACCAAUCGGAACGGAGCUGCAUCUCCUCUUUGGAGCGUCGGGGGUCAGAAUAAGAACGAGGGAGGGGUGGGUGAAGAUGAGGGUGAGAGAGAGGGUGUUAUGCCCGGACAACAAGUCGACUCACUUGGAUACCGCAGCAACGGAGGAUUCGGAGGCGGUGCUGAGUGGGCGCGUGAGAAUGGUGAAGUGGCCAAGUUGAUAGUCCACGUAAAGGCCAGUCUUUCAAUCCAACACGUCGACUGCUUUCGCACUUCUCUCCUCCUUUCGAGUGAACCCUCUUUUCCCGAUCCGGUGGACACGCCAACUUUUCUCCAACACACCAACACCGUGCACAUCCGUCUCCAACAGGACGUCCGGUCGUGGAGCCGACCAAUCAAGACGCAAGAGAGAGUGAUUGAAAUAGUGUCAGCACACGCGGACAACCGCGAGGCAUGCGCCAAGCCUCCUCUCGUUGGCCUCGUUUCAGCACGAUUAUUUGGCGCAAUUAAACCUCCACUCACUACUUACAAGCCUACUUACUUUCAGUUCUUGCGCAGAGGUGACUUGGGCAUGCCUACACAUUCUCACUUGCACACAACUGUCCGUUUGUCUCUUUGGCCCUCGCAUCUGGUCGGGCCUCAUGCUAUUGUAGCCAGUGUUGCGACAGAAAAUCAUCAACAUCAUCAUCAUCAUCAUCAUCAGUAG